AUGGCCGGGGCCGGGAGCGCAGGGCGGAGGCUGCUCCAGCCCUGCAGCCCGCGGGGCAGCGCGGAGCGGGCAGGUCCAGGGCGGAGGUCGGAGACACGCGUGGGGCGGACACGCUCCUGCCGGGAGGGGCCGGCCCGGCUGCCUGGUUCGCCCCCUGCCCGGGAGGUACCACAAAAGGAUCUGGCCCCUCUGGGAAAAGAGAGAGAAGCAGCCAAAGCCGAGGAGGAGCGGCAAAGUGAGGAGCUGCUGAAACAGACGGAAGCUGAGAGGCAGAAGAUUGUCUGGGAGUGGCAGGAGCUGCGAGGGUUUCUGGAGGAGCAGGAGCAGCGGCUGCUGUCCCGGCUGGAAGAGCUAGAGAGAGCCAUUGUCCAGAGAAGGGAUGAGGGCAUCUGCAGCCUGUCCUGGGAGAUUUCCCUGCUCAGUGAGAGGGGAGGAGAGAAGUGGCAGCAGCCGCUGAGCCAACCCCUGCAGGGUGCUGGGAGCACUGGGGGCAGGGAGGACGGGAUGUUUCGGAAGCCGGAGCCGGCGUUUGCGGAGCUGGAGAAGAGACUCAGCGAUUUCUCUCUGAAAAGUGCCAUGCUGCAGGAGGUGCUGCUGGGAUUCAAAGAGACGCUGCGACUGGAGCUGUGGAGCGACACAGGUACGUGUCUGUCUCUGAGGGGUCAUGGGGAGAUUUCAGACCAAUGA